AUGAAGGUAAAAAAAGCUUUAGAGCUAUUAAGUUCUAAAUAUGGUAAGAAUAGGGCAGUUUUAUUUAAAUGUGACGUGACCAAAGACAUAAACGUGAUUUGGAAGAAAAUGAUCGACUCUUAUAACAAAAUAGAUAUACUUGUAAAUAAUGCUGGAGUGAUAAGUGAAACUGUUCCAGAGACGGCGAUAAAUAUAAAUUUGACAGCUCUCAUACAACUAUCUUUUAAAUUCUGGGAAGCCAAUAGAAAAGACAAAUCAGGAAACGGUGGUACAAUAUUAAACAUAGCAUCGCUGUGUGGCGUCAUGAUUGAGCAAUAUCUACCUGUUUACCAUGCGACAAAAUUUGGAGUUGUUGCUUUUACUAGAUCGUUGGGACAUUCUUUUAAUUACGAAAGAUCCGGGGUAAGAGUUAUAGCAAUUUGCCCAGGAUUCACGCGUACACAACUUGUAGCUAAUAUGCCAAAUGCAACAUGGGACGAGACAAUAUUUGAAGCAUUUUUGACGAGAACAAAAGAACAUUCUUGGCAAAAUGUGGAUGCGGUUGGGAAAGCAACAAUUGAGGUGUUUGAAAAAGCAAAGAGUGGCACUGCUUGGUUAAUAGAAGGAGGAAAGCCUAUUAAAGAAGUGACAUAUUCUGAUUCUUAUUAA